AUGGAUACAUUUUCACAUGUUCCUCCAGGUUUUAGAUUCCACCCCACAGAUGAAGAACUUGUCGAUUACUACCUCAGAAAAAAGGUAGCUUCGAAAAGAAUUGAUCUAGAUGUCAUUAAAGAUGUUGAUCUUUACAAAAUCGAGCCAUGGGAUCUUCAAGAGCUUUGUAAGAUAGGAACUGAGGAGCAAAGUGACUGGUAUUUCUUCAGCCAUAAAGAUAAGAAGUAUCCAACUGGGACUCGCACUAAUAGAGCUACAAAAGCUGGAUUCUGGAAAGCUACAGGCAGAGAUAAGGCUAUUUACUCUAGGCAUAGUUUGGUUGGCAUGAGAAAGACCUUGGUGUUUUAUAAAGGCCGAGCCCCAAAUGGACAAAAGUCAGAUUGGAUAAUGCACGAGUAUAGACUAGAAACAAAUGAAAAUGGAACUAGUCAGGCAA